AUUGUUGUAUGUAUAAAAAUCCCCCUUGAGGCCAAAGUUUCAAUAUUCUAACCUCAUAUCAUUACCAAAUGGCUUCUGUUACUGCCAAUGCUUCUUUCCUUGUUCUUCUCCUCUGCUGCAGCAUUAAUGCCUUCCAAACCGCCGCAUAUCACGGCACCCCUGCUCCGGCACCAAGUCACCACGGCGGCCACCACCCAGUAGCUGCCCCAACUCCAAGCUUCCACCACCACCGCCACCACCGCCACCAUGCGCCGAGCCCGUCUCCGAUUUCCCACCACCAUCCUCAUUCCCCUGCUCCUUCCCCUGUUUACCCAUCUCCCCCUACGGCUCACUACGCCCCGGUUCCCUCUCCGGUUCCCUCACCGGUUCCACCAUCUAAACCGUCCACUUACGUCCCAAGAAGUUUCGUUGAAGUCCAAGGCGUUGUUUAUUGCAAGUCUUGCAAGUACCCCGGCGUCGAUACCCUUCUCGGAGCUAAACCCCUUUCCGGGGCUACAGUAAAACUGUCAUGCAAGAACACUAAGUACGCUCCGACGGUGGAAACCGCCACCAGCGACAAGAACGGGUACUUCCGGCUAGCGGCGCCGAAGAAUGUGACGAGCUACGCAUUCCACCGGUGCAAGGUCUAUCUGGUGAAGUCGCCGGAUAGUAGUUGCAGUAAGGCGUCGAAACUGAAUGGCGGAGAGGACGGAGCGGAGUUGAAGCCGGCGAGAGCAUUCACGGACGACGAGAAGAAGCCGGUUGUGCUUUACAAUGUUGGGCCAUUGGCUUUUGAGCCCACCUGCGGUCGUUGAAAGUAGAUCGGAGAACGGGGGUAGUUUAGUAAUAUUUGGGGUUUUGUAUUGAUAUGAUAUGCCUUUGGAUUCCUGCAGUUUUCUAGGUUAUUGUGACAUUGUUGUUAUUAUGAAUCGUUUCUAUGGAGUCGAGUUUUUGUUCUA